AUGCUCAUUCUGAAGCCUUUGAACCGUCCCGCGCUUAGUAACCUGAAUGGUCACCCGUGGCUACAGCAAGUGGGAGCACUACCAGCAACCGACAACGACAUGCUCAAGAGUACCCGGGGUACUUAUCAAAGAUUCUUACUGUGGUCAAUGGUUCCUCUACCCUCAAGAAUAAGUAUCAACUUUGGUAUUUAACUCGCUUUACAACUGUUUGAGAUUGAGGUAAAGAUAUAUCCCAGUCUUCUAGCCCGAAGUUGCACUCAGGUGUCACUCUUCCUGAGACCCCGCUUGCGGGUGCGAGAGUUUUCGAGACGACUUACGGCGCAGCUGCGCAAGUGGAAAAGCGGCCAAAUACGACAUCGACGCAACAAAUUCUGAACGCCGUGAUGCAAACAACAUCUUCGAGUAUUCGCUUUAACUCAUCGGGUACAAUGAAUAAUGCAAGAAAAUUGGCUAGAACUAACAGGGAAAUCGCUCCGAUGUUUGUAGGAAUGUACUUAUGGUUAUGAGAGCAGUGCGUAUCUUCUAGAAGUUUAGUCUCUUCACUUUCCUUCAUGAAGGUACAACUGCGGCGACUUUUUCUAGAGGAGAGCAUACUUCUUCUGACUCAGAGACGAAAGCACCAUUAGCGACACAGCAAUCACCGCCUCCCGUGGCCAGUCCUUCAUGUCCACGAAUCAGUACCUCAGGAGCGAGUGGCGCUGAGGAAAAUGUAAAUAAAGCAGCAGGACCACGAGCGGCCACCGUUUACAGCGACGUUGACAACGUGUGUUACAAUAGCCGUGUCAAAGUCCCAACUCAAGAACCGCUGGAGAAAACAUAUUCGGACGACGCAGGAGACUGCGCGAGGAGCAGCGACGCCAUGUCUGGUAUGGGAGAUCACGGCAUUCUUGCGCGUAUUAGUAGCAAAAGAUCGACCGAUGUCGACGCAUCGAGAAAGGUCUUGGAUUACGGCGAAACGCCUAGCGCGGAGGCAUCGACUGGAAAAGCAUCCGCUUGGAAACGGGAAUCUAUUAUCACUCAUGAACCGGUGUCGAUGUUCUCCGGAAGCGGGGCAGUUGUAGCUGAAUUUUCUGCGCCUGCACCAGCGAUUCCGACCGACGAGCCCUCAACAUCUGGAGAUCGAUUGGGGUACAUACUAAGCGAGCUGGGGCGGGAGGAAAACAAGUCUUGCGUGUCGGCCUUCAUUACAACAAUUGGUCAACGAAGCGCUUCUAACGUAAGGGUUGCGCACCCCCAGCAACUACAAGUACAAGAGGGCGUAGGUACAUCAUCGGCGUCAUCGAAUGUCCUAUCCAGCGCGAAAAAUAGCACCUCUGCUCGCAGUAAGAACCGGACUGCGUCGAG